UUCUUAUUUCCAUAUAUAUAUUAUUUAUCUAAAAAGACUAUUAAAAUCAUUAAUAUUAAUAUUGAUAUUAAUAUAUUAAAUAUAUUAAUAAAGAUAUAUAUAUAUAUAUACAUUUAAUAGUAAUAAUAAUAAAAAUCAUUCAAUAUGAAACUUCGUACUCGACUGAUAGUUGCCGUGGCCAGUAUUAGCUUUCUAGGCUUAGUGGCAAUUUUCGGCCUAUACAGAGAAUCGAUCAUGACAGUCAUUCAGCAUGGUGCAAUCAAAUUGCGCAUCACACCAUACAGUUCACUCUUGGCUGUUCUGUUGAUCGUUAUUGUGUCUAUCCCACCUAUGAUUGGAUUUGUGUCCUCAGUUACUUUAACUGGUUUUGUCUACGGUUUUCCCGGGGGCAUUAUACCGGCCACCACUGGUGCCAUGAUUGGGUCCUCACUUGCUUUUUGGCAAGUAAAUACAUAUGUCUUGAUUAUUCGCCGAUACCCGCUUGCUCGUUUUGUGCAUCUUUCUCCUGCCAAGCAAGCUACCUACAAAGCACUCGAGGAAGCAAUUGAGCAAGGUGGAUUAAGGAUAAUGAUACUACUUCGUUUGUGUCCUCUUCCUUGGCCAUUAGUAACCUUGCUGUUUUCCAUGAUUCCAAACUCUCGGUGGUCAGAUUUCCUGAUUGCUACUGGGGUCGGCAUGAUCAAGGUUACGCUUGAGGUGUGGAUUGGCUCCCAAUUGGCCAACCUAUCCGAUCCAAACCUUCCGCCAUCUGCACAUCGGGUAGCACUGGGCAUGAUGUGCGGCGGGUUUGUAUUAUUGCUCGCAAUUGGCUUCUGGCUCUAUCGUCUGACGAUGGCUAAAGUGCGGCAAUUAGCAGACAGAGAAAUACCCGAGAAUAUAAACGAAACACAACAGCUAUUGAUCUACAAACAGCCUGAUCUCGAAGCUCUCGAAACCCUCGAAACCCUUGGCUCACCCUUGUACAAAAACGAUACCAAGAUUCAAUUGAACUCAUAAAAAAAACAAGAAAAUCCAAAAAAACAAAAACUUAUAUCUACAUUUAUCUAUCUAUAUAAUUAUAGCCCUUAUGAAUAUAAACCAUAACCUCAACAACGACAGUACCAAUAGUAAUACUUAAUACUUAAUGAUAAAAAAAUAAUAAAAAUAAAAGCAGUCUUUAUU